AUGCGAGGGGACCAGCUCAAAGACAACAUUUACCUUGAUAUUGACGUACAAUGGCUGAAAUGGAGGACACCCUGCGGGGAAGACUUUGAAGUGUUGAAUGAAGAAGACCUGGGAGAUGAUGAACCCCCUCCUCUGGAAGAUGCUGAAAGUCUGAAUGUCCAGAAAGACGGGGAUGACACUGAUGCAAGCCCUGCAGAAGAGUGGCUGGAUGUACUGGGUAACGAUCAGCUGAAGAAAAAAGUGCUGCUGCCAGGUGAAGGAAAAGACAGCAGACCACGUAAAGGACAACUUGUUAAAAUCAAUCUAAAGGUGGCCCUGAAAGACGGCGCACUUAUAAAGGAGACGUCUGAUAUAAUCUUCACUCUUGGAGAUGGUGACGUCAUCCAGGCACUUGAUCUCACAGUACAACUCAUGGAAUUGGGAGAAAAAGCGUUGGUACUUACUGAUGCAAAAUAUGCAUUUGGUUCUUACGGAAGCUUUGACCCUGAAGUCCCUCCAAACACUGACCUCUCCUUGGAAGUGGAUUUGUUGGAGGCCAUUGAUUCUCCUGACCUGGAAAAACUUCCCCCCAAAGAAAGGAUUGCAUUGGCUGAUGAGAAGAGAGAAAGGGGCAAUGUCCAUUAUCAGCGUGGGGAUUAUGCUUUCGCUGUGAACUCCUAUAGCAUAGCAAUGCAAAUAACAGAUUCUAACUCAAAAGUUGAUAUAACGACUGAAGAGGAAAGAGAACUUGUGGACGUCAAAGUUAAAUGUUUAAACAACAUGGCUGCUGCUCACCUUAAGCUUGAUCACUAUGAUGCUGCUCUUAAAUCUAGCGUCUCUGCACUGGAACACCACCCAGAUAACGUUAAAGCACUUUUUAGAAUGGGAAAGGUUUUGGCCCUGCAGGGUAAAUUUACUGAAGCUAUUCAAACCUUGAGAAAAGCACUGAAGCUGGAACCUAGCAAUAAGACCAUACAUGCAGAGCUCUCCAAAUUAGUGAAGAAGAAUUCUGAGCAAAGAGGAGCAGAGCAGGCCAUGUACAAGAAGAUGCUGGGUAACCCCUCGAGUCCCAGUGGCAGUUCACAGAAACGCACAGCCAGAGCUUCAUGGGCUCUCAGUUGGAAAUGGCUAUUUGGAGCCACUGCUGUAGCCAUUGGUGCAUCACGUGUGGUGGGGCUUAACUGCUCCGAGCUUCAACGCUGCUCAUUGGACACGGGCUCACGCGCACCGGGACUUCUCUCUUUACGACAGCAGUGCGUGCGCGCGCGUGGGAACGGCAGCAAGAUGGCGGCGCUGAAGGAGGAGCAGUGCUACGGACUGUCCUGUGGCAGAGUGAGCAAUGGCAGUAAUGUGUCCGUUUUCCACGUCAAACUCACUGACAGCGCCUUGAGAGCGUUUGAAGGCUACCAGAGCGCCAAGGUGCUGUCAUCGCGACCAUUGAUCAGAUUUAAUGGAAACCAAGGGAAAAUCUCAAUACCAAGAACAGAGAGCUCUAGUGAAGCACAAGGGUUUACGUUCUACCUGUCCCAUGUGGGCAGAGACAACCCGCAGGGCAGCUUUGACUGCAUUCAGCAGUACAUUACCAGUGAAGGGAGCAUUCAGCUGGACUGUUUGGGAGGAAUACAGGACAAGAUUACAGUAUGUGCCACUGAUGAUUCCUACCAAAAGGCCAGAGAAAACAUGGCCCAGGUGGAGGAGGAAACUCGGAGUAGAAGUGCCAUUGUCAUCAAGCCUGGAGGGAGAUAUGUGGGCAAGAAAGUUCAGAUCCGGAAACCAGCUCCUGGGCUUUCUGACAUCGCUCCUUCACGGAGAACUUCUCGACCUGUGAUCAUCUCCAGUGGAAAUGUGAAGAAGGUUUUGGUGCAGCACCGGCCACUUCGGGAGAGGCUUGUUCACUUCCUGGCUCUUAAGCCUUACAAGAAGCCAGAGCUAAUAUUAAGAUUGCAAAAAGAUGGUCUCUCACCAUCAGACAAGGAGUGUUUGGAUAGCCUCCUGCAACAGGUGGCUAAUCUAAAUAUGAAGGACAACACCUUCACAUUAAAAGACAUUUUUUAUAAGGAAAUUCAGAAGGAUUGGCCCAGUUACACAGAAGGAGACCAGCAGCUUCUGAAGAGAAUCCUCUUUAGAAAGCAGACACAAGCCCCGCUGCCUGAGAGUCCGCCCAAAGAGCAGCCCAGUAGUUCACCAUCUCAGAAACGACCUGCUGCUGACUUCAUUGACCCCUUAGCCAACAAAAAGCCCAGAAUAUCACAUCUAGCCGGCAAGGCUACAACCCCAUUAAAUGGCCGACUGGGUCCAUCAAAUGGGAAAGCAGAAGCCCAGUCAGGAGUUUCUGUUUCUAUGUCAGACUCUGGUGUGACGUCCAGUAUCCAGCCACUGCCAGUGCUGGACAUCCCCCGACCUUUUGAAGCACUUUCGGACGUCAGCAACGAUUCCAGCCAUAAUGGCCGUGAUUGUGACUCACAUGAAAGUGCAGAGAGACUGUGUCCAGCACCUUCCCUCUCCUCUGGUACAAGUACUUUGUCCACCCCUAACAUCAGCACGUCUUCCCCUGGACACAAUGCCCUGAAUGUGGCCCAGAACGACACUUCUACUUCCUUUAACAAGUCCAAAAAGAAGUCCAAAAAACAUAAAGAUAAAGACAAAGAUAAGACCAAAUCCCGUGAAAGGGUGAAAGAAAAGGCUGAGGAGAAUCAGAGGAAAGUCCAUGAAGAACGAGUGCCUGAGCCCAGAGAAUGUGAGGAGAAUCCUGACAACCUGAAGAACUGUAUUCCACACAGAAGCACAGAUAUUAAUGGAACGUGCAACAUUACCAGUAUUCCUUUGUCGACCCCUGAGCUGGCUGACUAUUUAUUGAAGUACACAGUGAUUGGCUCUUCUGAGCAGCGCCAAAAGUAUAAAAAUGAUUUCAACGCAGAGUACACAGAGUACAGGGAUCUGCAUGCUCGGAUAGAGGGCGUCACACGUCAGUUCACGGUGCUCGACAAUGAGCUGAAACAGCUCCAGCAAGGCACAGACAAGUACAAGACAAUCCAUAAUCAGAUUCUUCAGGAGUACCACACAAUCAAAAAGACUAAUCCCAACUAUAGUCAAGAGAAGAACCGCUGUGAAUAUCUACACAACAAACUGGCACAUAUUAAGAAACUCAUUGCUGAAUAUGAUCAACAGCAACUUUAA